AUGGCUCCAUUCACAUUUACACUGUACGCACCUUAUAAUAAAGCUGCUGCAUUAAAAGUAAAAAAUGCCAAUGUUCGUAUGUUUGGCGCUGAUAUUAUGAUGGAAAAAGACGAGUCUGAUGGUUAUUUUCGAGCCACAGUGGAUCUUGCCGAUGGUAUUUAUCAUUAUCAAUUUAAAAUUGUAACAAAAUCAUGGUUUGAAGCGGAACCCGAACCAGCAUUGCCCGAUUAUGAACAUGAUGAACAAUUUAAUGAAAUGACCAACGAAGAAAAAUUAGAGAAAACCGAAGCACAUUCAAAAUUACUUGCUGAAAUUCGUGAAAGAAAUCGACUACGUGAAGAAGAAGCAACAUUUACCGAAAUCUGGUAUACAUUCGUUGAUCCAUAUGCAACUGAUGUCGAUGAACGGGGUACGGAUGAUGCUCAUAAAGCUGUAGGUAUUUUGACAAUUAAAAAUGGCAAACGACUAAUUGACGAAUAUGAAUGGAAAUAUGAUGACUGUAUGUUGCCACCUGAUGAAGAACUUGUUAUUUAUGAAUUACAUGUUGGGGACUUUAGUGGAGGUGAAAAGGAUACAUACGUACGUGGUCAAUUUAAACAUAUUAUAGAAAAAAUAGAAUAUUUGAAAGAAUUGGGUGUGAAUGCAAUCGAAUUGAUGCCAGUCAAAGAAUAUCCAGGCAAUCAUUCUUGGGGAUAUAAUCCUCGUUAUUAUUUUGCCAUUGAAACAAGUUAUGGAACUACGGCUGAUAUGAAACAAAUGAUUGAUGAAUUUCAUAAGAAUGGUAUGCGUGUUAUUUGUGAUGGUGUUUAUAAUCACAGUGAUUGUUCGUCACCACUCACACAAAUUGAUCAUGACUAUUGGUAUCAUCAUAAUCCGAAAGAUGUUUCAAUGUCUUGGGGUCCUGAAUGGAAUUAUGGUCAUUUCGAUCAGAAAUAUAAUGUGUGGCCAGCAAGGAAAUUUAUUGGCGAUAGUAUACGCUAUAUGGUUGAAGAAUUUCAUAUCGACGGUAUUCGCUUCGAUGCAGCCCGUCAAAUUCAGAAUUUUGACUUUUUACAUUGGGUAACAAAAGAAGCAAAGAAGGCCGCUGGUAGCAAACCAUUCUAUACAGUAGCCGAAUUUUUACCAGACGAACCGUGUAUAACUAAUAUUGAUGGCCCUAUGGAUGGCUGUUGGCACGAUUCUUUUUAUUGGGCAUUACGAGAUUGUAUAUUAUAUGACAAUGUUGAUUUGGAACGUUUAAAAAGUGUUAUCGAUUGUCGACGUCAAGGCUUUUUUGGUGUACCAAAUGUUGUAAAUUACAUUGGAAAUCAUGACCAUGAUCGUUUAUUUGUCGAAUUGGGCAAAGAACGUAAUAUCUUCGGAGAUGAGGCAUUUCGACGUAUACGUUUAGGUGUUGUUAUUCAAAUGACUGCUAUGGGUAUUCCAAUGAUAUGGAUGGGAGAAGAAAUUGGUGAAUAUAAAGAAAAAUCACCAGGUGUAUCCAAAGUUGAUUGGUCAUUAAUCGAGGAUCGUCCAGAUAAUUCAAAUGCACAAAAUAAAGCAUUAGUUGCAUUUUAUCGUGGAUUAGUUCAUUUAAGAAAAGGAAAUAAAGCAUUUUUUACAACAAAUCUUGAAUAUAUACAUGAAGAUGGAAAUGCAAAAGUAUUAGCAUUUCAACGUUGGUCAGAUACAGGAGACAGAGUCGUUGUUAUCAUUAAUUUUUCACAAAAUUUUCUUGCUGGCUAUACGGUACCAAAUCUUCCAUGUAAUGGAUGCUGGCAUGAGUGGACGUUUAAUUAUGAUCUAAAUAAUGCAAAUAAUGAAGUUAUACUCGAUUUAGCUGAACAUGAAGCAAAAAUUUUAGUAUGGAGAGGAGAAGGUAAAACCGAAGUAAAAAAUUAA